AUGUGUAGGUCAAAUUUGCUCCUGGCAGUCGCUGCCUCAGGGCUUCUCGCCUUUUCGUCGUUUGGUUGCUCUGCACUAUCAAGUCCUUCUCAAUGCAGUGCAAGCGCUCAAGAGUUGACGUUGACGGGCCACAUUGAUCCAGCUGAGGUGUUUUCCUUUGUCUACGUCCCAUUUGACGUCCCACCAGGAGUUACCAACAUCACCGUCGUGCAGAAUUACUCUUCUAAAGGAGCAGGCAACUCACUGGACCUAGGAGUUUUCGACCCCUUGGGAACGGAGCCAAUUUCCAGCCUCACGGGUUAUACAGGCUCCAGGGGUUGGUCAGGUGGCUUUCGUAGUAAUUUCACCAUUUCCGCCGACGGCGCGACUCCUGGAUACAACGCCGGCCCAAUUCUCCCAGGAACUUGGAAUGUGGUCCUGGGACCGUACACUUCUCUUCCCAGCGGCAUAGACUGGCAGCUGAACAUCACGCUCUCCUACAACACGGCGGCCUUCUCCCUACCCUGGUCUCCCAACCACGCAGCCACCAACCUGAUCCCGUCCUCCCAGCUCCAGCACCGUCUAUCUCCCUCCUUACCAUCACCACAAUGGCUCCGUGGUGAUCUGCACAUGCACAGCGUCUACUCCGACGGACGGUAUCUCCCAUCGCAACAAAUCGCUAACGCACUCGCGCAGAACCUCUCAUUCGUAUUCUUCUCCGAGCACAACACCGCGAGCGGGAACCAGAACAUCGGGUCGUGGAUCCCCGCGGACGCGGACCUCCUCGUCCUUCGCGCCAUAGAAGUCACGACGCGGCACGGGCACUGGAACGCAUUCGGGCUUGACCCGGCGCAGCAGGUCGAAUGGCGAUACACGAACGCGUCCGGGGAUGCCGGAUACGAGACCGCCACGAAGCAGGUGCACGCGGCCGGCGGGCUCGUGAGCGUAAACCACCCGUUCCAGAAUUGUAGCCGGUGCGAUUGGACGUUGUCGUGGGAAUGGAACGAUGCGAUUGAGGUAUGGAACGGGAGGUUCGACCCACUCGACGAGCAGGCCGUCCAGUGGUGGCACAGCGAGCUGGUGAAGGGUAAGAACAUCGUCGCUGUGGGAGGAAGCGACGCCCACCAUCCAGGCGAUAUGAACGGUAUACCGACUACGGUGGUGAGUGUGUCGGAGAGGAGCCAGGUUGGUGUUGUCAGGGGGAUCAGGGAGGGCGCCGUUUACCUCAUCGAAGGGCCAGGAAAGGAUCUCGAAUUCUACAUGGAAUCCCGACAAUCCGAAGUCGAACGAGAGCAAGCGCGUGGCUCACACCGUCGACCAAAUCAAAGGUGGGAGAUCGGCCAGACGGUCAACAAACAAGACCGCUUGGAAAUAACAUCACCUCUCACAGCAGUAUUCUCCGCCACGGGAUUCGACCCUGCAGCUGCAAAGGCAUGCUUCAUCAGCGACGCCGGCUAUUUCCACAACGAGUCCGUCGUGCCUGGCGAGAAAAUCGUGCAGGUGGUUGAUGACGGUCUGAGAUUCGUGCGCGUCGAGGUCAGGAAUGCUUCGGAUGUCUUGCUUGCCUUGACGAAUCCGAUCUUCCUGGGGGCUUGA